CUUGUCUUCCCGCUGCACCCGAAAGAAAAAAGAAAGGGAACCCCACCAGCCUUGAGAAACCGGUGAGAAAGCUUGAUUUUUCCCUUCUUUUCUUGUCCAAGAACCUGAUUUAGAACCCAGAAAUUUCCCCUCCCUCUCUGCAGAAGCCGGAUCUACCCUGCUCUGCUUUGUCCUUCCGCCGGCUGCUCUUGAUUGUGGGUGAUUUCUGGGCAUAUUUUUCGGUUCCCGAUCGUUCUGUCAGUUUAGUACGUGGAUUGAGUGCUCGGUUUUAUGCGAGUGAGAAAGUGAAACCGAGGACGGGGAAACCACGGGAAGUGACGAGUUAGAAGGCUAGCCACUUGUAAAUUGAGCAUAGCUUUAGAUAAAUCAUGAUCUUGUAAACCAGAGUGUAUUUGGAGAUUUAUGAUAUGAGAGAAUAUCUUAUAAUUUGAUCUUCAGAUUUUGAUGAUAUCAGAGUGUGAAUUUGAAAGUUCCGAGCCUUGUGCAUUUGUGGGACCCGUCUCAAGAGUGCACGGCGUCUGUCGCACCUCGAAUGUGGGUUUUGGGGCGUGACAAGUUUUCAAGAUGUUGCAGAUCUUCAGCAUGCUGCUAAGGGGUGCUUACUGCUAUGAAUACGUAGAGAAGAAAUCAAGCAAGAUGGACCUGCCUCUCACACAACAAGCUGAGCACAAUUUCUUUUAAUGCUCAUAUUCAUCUUAGUUUCAAGCCCUUUAGUUUAGUUUUAGCUUUAUACUUCAACCUAAAUUAGUCUUUAACUUUAGUUUAAUGUUUUUUCUGUUGAUAAAAAAAAAAAAAGUUUAAUGUCUUUU